AUGACCAUGGAUAGUGGUGGAGUUCAACAAAUUAUAUCUGCUUUACAGGUUGUUUAUGAUCGACAAUCAACCAAUGAUCAAAGAAGAGAAGCCCAAAAGUUCUUGGAUGAAAUUAAGACAAAUGAUGAAAGUCCAUUCUGGGGUUAUCAAUUGGCAUUACCUGAGAACAACGGAGAUAAAUACAUUGUUAGAUACUUUGGGUUAACAUUGUUACAACAAUCCAUCAACACAAGAUUCCACACAUUUGACCUGACAAAAACUAAUGCCAUCAAGAACUGGAUCAUUGAAUUGUCAAAUAAAAUUGAACCCACAGACCCACAUUAUAUCAAAGAGAAGACUGCGUUAAUUUGGGUGGCUAUAGCGAAGAGAAUUUGGGGCAGCCACUUGGUCAAAUCCCGUGAUAAGGUUGCCCUCGAGAAUGAAGCAUCAAGUCUGGAUAAAAGCUCAACUGUCACCCCGCAAGAAGCAAACGAUGGAUGGGUCUCCAUGGAUUCGGACUUGUUGACCUUGUGGAAUAAUAACAUCACAUGUCGAGAAGUCUCGUUAAUUAUCAUCAGAACAUUAUUCGAAGAUAUAUACCUUUUGGAGGAUCCAAUUGCCACUAAAAGAAGUGCUUGUUUGAACCAGUUGUCUAUAUUGAUUGUUACCCCUCAAAAAGUGUUGGAAACAAUUUACGAGAAUAAUCCUAAUUUUACCAUAUGCAAGGCACUGAGUGAUGGUUGGUUUGUGACAUGGGCAAGAUAUUUAGUUGAAGUAUUGUCCAAUAAUGAUUUCAAUGAUAAAAUAUGCCAGACAUUUGUUCCCAAAAUCUUGUCGGCGUUCAAAACUUGUUUACAUUGGAUCAGCCCCUGUGUGUUGAAACAAGAAAAUAUAUUACAAACAUUAAUUCAAAUAUUAACCUUACCUGAUGUUAAGAUGAAGAUAUUGGCAGUUGACUGUUUACACAUUUUAUUUACAAGAAACUACAAUCAACACGAAGACUUUGAUUUCUUUAUUGGCUCUGUUUUCACUGCUGAAGGUAUUUCCAAGUUGAGUGAGUUUUACCACUCCUUAAGUUUGGAUCCAGAUGACAUUGAUGAAGUUGUUUAUUCCCUUUUGAAGAAAACUGUUGAAAUGAUUGUCUCCCUAAGUGAGUACCUAAAUAUCGCUUCGAAGAACAAAAUUUCUUGGGAAGAUUCAGAUGUUGAUAGUUAUUUGCGAUUAGUGUUAGAGACCACAAGUCACCCAAGUUUAAUUAUCAGUGGUUUAUCUUUACAAAUGUGGAUUACCAUAUUGAGAUAUGACGAGUUGAGUGCUAAAGCACCAUUUUUGAAAUUAAUGCCUGAAUUGAGAGAAAUUGCUUCCAACAGGACUAUAAACUACACAUUUGAUGACGAACACAUAUCUAAGAAGUUCCUUGAUGUUGAUUUUGAUUCUACCCCAGAUGCAAGCUCGUUUUUGCUGAAUUAUCGUAGAUUCAAUGAAGAUAUAACGCGUAUAACGGUUUGCAAAAGCCCCGAAGAUGGAUUACGUUGGCUAGAGAAUCGUUUAGAAAUCUUUUUUGGAUCCGAACUUGGCAUAAAGGCAAUUAAUGAAUUCAAAAUUGGAGAAAAAUCUGAGGUAUAUAAUUAUGGAUCAGCUCAAUUGGGAAUUAUCGAUUGUUCCCUCCGUGGUAUAACUCGUUGGAACGAAUGGUAUACAGAAGAUGAUAAAAAGGUGAUCAAAGACAGGCUAAAUAAGCAAGUUGAGUCAUUGUGUGAGAAGUUAUUAGUCAUGAAUUUUGCCAGUCCUUUGUUGGUACGAAAACAGGUUCAGACUUUAGUUCAUUUUGCUCCAUUACUUAAAGAUGUCAAUCCACCUCUAAUGUUCAGAGCUCUAGAGAAAAUUUUGACUACGGCUACUUAUCCUUAUCCACCAAAUGUUUCUGAUGAAGAUAUGGAAUUGAUCCGAGAUUUGCGUGGAAGCUGUGGAACAGAGUUGAAUAGAUAUGCAUACAUGAUGCCAGAAGGAUUGAGUAUCAUUUUCAACGAUUUGGAGAAUGCUAUAUCCAAUAUAUUAUCAGCCAAGAAAGUCAGUGAUCAUGAAAAUGUUGCAUUCAAGUCGUUUUUAUUGGUGAUUGCAUUUAGAUCGUCUAUCCCUAACAAGGACGAAUUGUUCUCAAAGAUUGUUGAUCCAGAUUUAGCAGCUUGGUCUGCUCCUGACACUGAGAAGGGAUUGAUGGAUUUGCAUUGGUUUAUGGAGAGAAUUGGUAUAGUUGAAAUUGCCAAGUAUUUUCAAAGUCGUGGGAUUACAGCCAAUACAAAUUUGUUGGAAGCCAAGAUGGAUGAUGAAGGCAAAGUAUUAAAGAACAAAUUGAAGGACCAUUGGUCAUCAAUAUUUCCAAUUAGAGCCACAAGGAUAUUUAUUCAGUAUAGUAUUGAAAAAUUGAAUCACAGCUCUCCAGAAUUUUUGCAUUUGUUAAAACUAUGGAAGCCUAGAAUACAGCCUAUUGUGCCACAUGUCUUGCAAUUAUUAACCCAAAUUCAAGCAUACCAUAAUCCUGCUAAUUGGAAAGAUUUGCCAGUUGAAGUUCAGGCGUUUGUUAAGGAUAGUUGUACGGAAAGAUUUUGGCAACAAGGUGUUUCGAUCCAAUCAAAGGAGACUUUUAUGGAAGAGAAUGUUAAAGCCGCUUUGACUCUUAGAGAUUUUGCUGAUUCUGUUGGACAUUUGAUUAGAUACACCAGAGAAUAUGCAUUUUUAACUGUUGGUUCCAUAGCACAAUUAGAAGAUGUCUUGUAUGAGAUCCCGAAUAUCGGUCUGAUGAUUUGGAAUGCUGUGGCUGGUGAUACCGUCGGUGUUACAUUACACAGUUGGAAGCAUAUGAUUAAUAGCUGCCUUAGAGUGGUGAUUAAAUGUUGUCCAGUUAAGUAUGUUGAAGUAUUCAUGAGUGAAUUAUUGCCAAGAGUAUUCAUAGAUAUUGAUAAGUUAUUGGUUGCAAGAUGGGAAAGAGUCUACGGUAAUGGAUUGCAAUUAAAAGGUAACGAGGAUGACGAAACAUUGAGUGAAGAAAUGAUGGAAGAACAUAUGUUGAGGCAGUUGACAGCUACUGUUGUUAGAUUGUUGAUGGAUAUUGUUGGACAAUAUCAUUCUACUCCAACAACUGACAUACAGUUUGCGUGUAAGAAAUUGGUUAUUGAAAACAAAGAAGUUUUAGCGCCAUUUUUGGAAAUCUGUUGUCAUAUUAUUAUGUUUAAGGAUACCAAAUGCUCCUUCAAUACAAUAUUAGUUGUGAGAAACAUCUUACCAGAAAUUGUGUUGAAAGAUGAUGAAGUUGACAAGUAUUUGUCGGACCAUUUGAUUAAAGCUUUGGUGCAUGUUUUGAUGGAAGAUUAUUUUACAGAAACCCAUAACGAAGCUGCUAUGGCAUUGACUACGUUGUAUUGUGCAUUAAGAUCAAAGAAUGAUUAUCCUGCCAGAGCCAUGAUGACUUAUUUGUCCAAUGUUACUUCUCACGACGUGGCUAACUUUGAAUCAAGUUUGAUCAAUUCAAAAUCAUUAAGACACCAAAGAAGUGCAUUAUUGGAAUUGAUUAAAGUUAAUAAAAAUCCAAAUUCAAUUGAAAAUGGUGAUGAAAUGUCCAAGAGAAAGAAACAAUUAGAAGAAGCCAUUAAUAAUAGAAAAAAGCCAACUGGUAUUGAUGUCAUGAAUGAUCCUUAUACUGAAAAUGGUGCUUUGGGUAAUUUGUUUGGCGAAGAGUAA